CAGGAGGGACGAGCGCAUGUGUUUCGGUUUUACCGAUAAAGCAUUUCAACGUGUCAAGUGUUUUUCUUUUUGCUGUUGUCAAGCCGCUCUGACUCUGCUCCGAAGAGACACAAUCACUGUUUUCUUUCUUUCAAGCUGGCGGAAGCACCUGAAGCUCACCGUUUAUAAUGUCACAGGCCACCAAACGCAAACACGUUGUCAAGGAGGUCCUCGGAGACUUUGUCACGCCGACAGAAAACCAGCAGAUUGUGAAGGUUAUUGGUAGCCGCGGUAACAACCUCCAUGAAGCUGUCACGGCUCAGGGUGAGACCUUCCUGGUGAGCAUGCCCACCAAGUUCCGCAAGAACAUCUGGAUCAAGAGAGGUGACUAUUUGAUUGUUGAUCCUAUUGAUGAGGGAGAGAAGGUGAAGGCAGAAAUCAGUUUCAUUCUCUACAAAGAUCACAUCCAGUACCUGCAAAAACAACAGCUGUGGCCAGAGGGGUUUAUGGAGGAGACGUCAGUGCAGGAGAAGACAACCCAACAACAGGAGACGGAACAAAAAGACGAGGAAGAGGAAGUUAGUGACUCUGAAGACGAUGAGAGCGACCUCUUUGUGAACACCAACCGCUCUAACUACCAGUACAGCGAGAGUGAGGAGGAAGACAGCGAGGAAGACGAUGAGGACAAAUAGGGAAGGACAGAAAAUGGUUUAUGGCGAGAGCACCGAGGACACGGACAGUUGAGAAUGAGAGCUGUGAAAAUCAUGUGACCGUGUGCUCUGCUGGGCUGGUGUUAGCACUGACUGAUACUAUGAUGAUUUGUAAUGGUGGUCCUCAACAGCUCCCUCUGAGGUACCUGUUUGACAGCGUGAUGGAGACACUAAACAGCUGGUUGAACUUGAACUUACAAAGUAAGGACAAAAUAAAUCUUGUGUGUAAGAUUGUAAACAAACAAAAACCAAAACAGUAAUUAAUCAAAAAGAUGAAAUGUAACAGAAACUGAAUAGGAAUCCUGGAAGAGAACUUUUUGCCGUGGUUUCUCUGUUCCUUACUGAGCUCAAGCUCUUUUAUAUGCUGACCUCCAGUGGAGAUAUUACUGUAUUGCCAGUACAUUACAUAUCCAGGUAAUACAGUACAUUUACAGGGCAAUGCUAAUGCAAGCUGUUAUAACUGUUCAGCCUCCUCUGGAGGACAAAAUAAAUCUCACAAAAAUUGCACCACUCAAAAAAUUCGUCCACCUUUGUCCCUGUCACGUAAGACCCAUUCUUUUCAUGCUUGACUUAUUUGCUGACUUGUUAGAGGAGUGUCUGCCGAGAACUUAAACACCUGUCCUGGAUCACCAGUCGCCUUGAGGAUGUUGUGACUAACUAGACCGUUUCUGCCCUUUCACUGUGUUGAUUGUAUUGAUUUGAUUUCAAAUGAAUGCUACAUGUAACUGCAGUUAUUUACUUUGUCACAAGCAUGGAAAAAUGUUGUCAGAUUGCUGACCAUGUAUGACAUUGUACUUAAUAGUUGGUCAUUGUGACAGUUUUUUUGCCUCGUGUUUUACUAACAUUCCAGACUCAGUUGCUGAUUGUGGUUUGUGUGGAAAUAGAUUCAUUCUUCAGCUGCAUUUUACAUCAGUUCCAGCUCAAUAUCACCCGCUCCGUGUCUUCCACUUAGAGAAUUCAACAGGAAUGUCUUCAGUGUCUUUCUUUGUAUUCUUUUUAUUUCACAAACAACGAGCUUUGUCUUGUGGAAAUAACUGUGCAGAAGUAAUACAACCAUGAAUAUGAAAAUAAACACAUAUUUUUCCACGUGCA